AGGGUGGUGAUCGUGGGUCUCGGACCCGCGGGACUCUUCGCGGCGCUCGCACUCGCGGAGGCUGGCGUGCCGGUGACGGUGCUGGAGCGCGGGCAGCCGGUGGAGGGACGCGGCCGCGACAUCGGCGCUCUCUUCGCCAGGCGCGUUUUAAACUCGGACAGUAACCUGUGUUACGGCGAGGGCGGCGCGGGAACGUGGUCGGACGGCAAGCUCACGACGCGCAUCGGAAGGAACAGCGACGACGUGCGCACGGUGUUGAGAUCGCUCGUGGCGUUCGGGGCGCCGCCGGAGAUUUUGGUGACUGGGAAGCCCCACCUGGGCACGGACAGGCUGGUUCGAAUACUCAGAAACGCGAGGGAGUACCUCGUCGGCAGGGGCGCGGAUAUACGCUUCGGGUGCACCGUGGACAGGGUGCUGUUCGAGAAUACCGACGAUACCGGCGACGGGAGGAGCAUGAGGGCGUGCGGGGUCGUAGUGCGGAAGAAUAGCCGCGGCGACACGGGCUCCGAGCGGCCCGGCGCGCCCGAGACUCUCAAGGCGAAAGCCGUGAUACUCGCGGCGGGUCACUCCGCGAGGAACCUGAUGGAGAACCUCCUGACGGACGGCAUCGAGCUCAAGUAUCAGCCGUUCGCGGCGGGGUUCAGGAUCGAACACCCGCAGGCGCUGCUCAACGAGCUUCAGUACGGCGAGGACCUCGCGUCGCUCGCCGCGAAGGGCAAGGGGCCGCUCCCCGUCGCCGAUUACCGGCUCGCGCACCAGUGCCGAUCCGACGUCGAGGUCUCCGCGUCACCCGGCGCGGAGUACGUCCAGCGGGCGUGCUACUCGUUCUGCAUGUGUCCCGGCGGUCAGAUCGUUCCCACCAGCACCGUCCCCGAGGAGCUUUGCGUGAACGGGAUGUCCUUCUCGAAGCGGGGGAGCGAUUGGGCCAACAGCGGUUUGGUGUCGACAAUUACCGAGGCUGACGCGAUGCCCUUCUGUGCCGCGCCCGGGCGCGAGGCGUUGGCGGGGCUCGACUUUCAGCGGCACAUCGAGCGCGAGGCGUCGCGCAUGGGCGGCGGCGACCUGACCGUGCCGGUGCAGACCGCGCCCGACUUCAUCGAGGGGAGAGAGAGCGACCCCGCCGCGUUGCCGACGUCUUCGUACCGGCUCGGCGUCGUCCCCGCCAGGCUCGACUUGCUGUACCCGCCCGCGGUUACCGAGGCGGUGCGCGAAUCCCUCAUCGCGUUCGACAGGAAGGUGCCCGGUUUUGCCGGCCCCGACGCGCUUCUACACGCCCCCGAGGCGAGGACGUCCAGCCCCGUUCGCGUCGUCCGCGACUCGGAGGAUUACCAGAGCGCCACGGCGGCGGGUUUCUUCCCGGUGGGCGAAGGCGCGGGGUACGCGGGCGGGAUCGUGAGCGCCGCGGUGGACGGGUUGUGCGCGGCUGGAAGGGUCGGGGCGUUCGUGGAGGGGGGGUGA